AUGGACCCUGGAAACCGUGAGCGCGGCCUCAAGGCGGCCAUCAACAACCCGCGCGUGUCCGAGCAGGCCAAGCAGCGCGAUCGCGAGAUUUUGGAAAGCGAGUUCGGAACUCACAUGCCUGAGGAGUCUACCGCAAAUAUCGCAGAGGAGGAAGUUCACUCUACUGCCAAGAAGGGUCGUAGCAAGUCGACGGGAUCUCAUAAUGCUUCCACCAGCUCCAAAACCGAGUCAUCCACAUCUGGAAAUCUUGAGGGAAAGGACAGAGGAAAUGUGUUAGUCCCCAUCCCCCCAUUGCGAACUGACAAGUAUGUUUCGCAUAGCAUCCGCGGACUGAAGGCAGCAAUCAAUAACCCCAACGUGUCGGAGAAGGCCAAGGAGAAGGAUCGCAAGAAGCUGCAUGAUCUUGGAGAGUCCAUCGACUAA